AUGGCUGUUAAAGCAAUCACCGAUGAAGCUCACUUCCAAACCGAACUAGCCGCAGCAGGAGGAAAAUUGGUGGUUGUGGAUUUUACCUCAGCUUGGUGUGGACCGUGCCGAAACAUAUCGCAUUUGUUCGAUCAGCUUCCGGCGAAAUAUCCAAAGGCUGUGUUUCUCAAGGUGGACGUCGACAGAUGUACCGAAACGGCGCCGUCCCAUGGCAUGUCGACCAUGCCAAUGUUUAUUUUCUACCGAGCCAGAUUGAGCCUUCAUCCAGAAGAACCAGUGCGAAUGUUUGAACGAAUCGAACGACCACCCGAUGGUGAAUGCGCUCAGUUCCAGCGGUGGUCAUCUGGUGUCCGAUUGUGA